AUGGCUGCGUCCAGGCAGCCGCUUUUUUGCCACGUGGAGUUCAGCGGGGCGGUGGCUGUCCGGGAGCCGCCGGAGGCCGCUCCCGCGGGGCUGGAGGCCGUGUUCCCCAGGGAGGUCGGGCUCUUCGCUGACACCUUCCCCGAGGAGACCCGCUACUGCUUCUGCGGCCACGUGUUAACCAUCGCCCAGCACCACGGGGCCCGGCUCGGGGUGGCAGCGCCCGUCUGGGAGGCGGCUCUAACUCUGUGUAAAUAUUUUGAGAAGCAGAAGCUCAACUUCUGGGGCAAGAAGGUGAUUGAGCUGGGCGCUGGGACAGGCAUCGUGGGCAUACUUGCCACUCUGCUUGGAGGAGAUGUAACCAUCACAGAUCUCCCUCUGGCUUUGGAGCAGAUACAGGAGAAUGUCCAUAGGAAUGUCCCUGCAGCGCAUUCAGCUCGGGCCAGAGUUUGUGCUCUGUCUUGGGGUCUGGACCAUGAGGAGUUCCUGAGAGAUUACGACUUCAUCCUGGGUGCAGACAUAGUUUAUCUGAAAGACACGUACCCCUUACUAAUAAGGACCCUCCGGCACCUCUGUGGCCCCCAUUCAACCAUCUACCUGUCUUCCAAAAUGCGGCAGGAGCACAGCACGGCUGUGUUCUACGAGGCGCUGCUCCCACUGCACUUCGCUUCAGAACUGGCCUAUAGGGAUGAAAAUGAGAACAUUAACAUCUAUAGAGUCACCAGCAAGCAGAAUAGCUGAGGUUAGGGUGGACCUUUCUCCCUGGCUGGAAUGGUGCUGACUCUGCCAAGUUGAGAGUGCAGGGGGCCAGAUUCCUUCUUUCUGCCACCAAUAUGGACCGGUGGUGGUGGUGGUGGUGCUAACAACCACCUGGGGAGAGAAGCUGGGUUUUAGCUUUUCCCCAGAGCUGGAGACAGUUUCUUGCCAUCAGUGGAAGUUCUAAAGGCAAAGAUCUUUAAGAGGAUGGCUGUUUUAGGCCCAUCCCUGGAACCCUGGCCUUCCAAGCCAAAAGGUCUUCUGCCACUGAAGUACACCAAGUGACUUGAAACAACCACCAAGAGCAUUAAAUGUCUCUAAGAGACACCAUGGUGCCUUGUUCCUAUAAUUUGGGUAAAUAUAUUUUUUCAUAACUUUUCAUAUUUAAAUUAAAGGUGGAUUUCAUGUGUCA